AUGGUAACGGCGGUCACACGCCGGUGGCGGGCGGUGGGGCCCCACCUCCGGGCCGGCAGGGGGCGCUUGCGGGAGGAAGAGGCGCGGGCGGAAGCGGCUCCGUUUCCAGGUAACGGCGGCGUGGCCGGUACCGGUACCGGUGCCGGUGCCGGGGAGAUGAGCAGCGGAUCUGGCCGGCGGCUGGUGCUUCACGUGGAUCUCAACAACACGGUGGUGGUGGGGGACACGGUGUCGGGGCAGGGCCCGAGGGCGGCCCUCAACAGCUUCCUCUGCACCGUCACCUGGGGCCGCGCCGACGCCGCCGGCGAGUGGCAGUGGGUAAGUGACCGCCCGUCCCUGCGCCCGCCGUGCCCCGGUGCCCUCAGCUACUACAGCCACCACGGCCGGGACCCCGCGUUCACGGAGAGGGGCUCGGGCCAGCGGUUCCGCAGCCUCCACGCCCGCCACCUGCAGCUGCUGGAGUGGCCGGGCCGGCCGCACGAGGGGCUCUCGGUGCAGGGGGACCCCGGCAAGCGCUACCACCUCCUGCUCCCCUCCUUCCUCCGCCUGCUGGAUGCCCUGCACCGGGACGGGCGGGCCUUCGCUGUCAUCUUCAGGACGUUCGGCACUGACCUGCCCCGUGUCCUCCGCGCUGUCAGCUGUGCCCUGCAGGGGCAGCACCCGCAGUUCCCUGCGUUGCGGGACGUGGCGCUCCCUGUGGACCUCACCCCUGGGCAGAUACGCUGCAGCAAGCGGGAGGUGGUGCUGACAAGGGGAGCCGAGCGCCUGACCACCCGGGAGGGUGCAAGAAAGCUUUACAACUACUUCAGCUCCUUUGAGGGAAUUGGCGGCUUCCAAGACCACUUUGACUGGUGGGCCAGAAAUCAGUUCUCCUCCCGGGGUGGGAAACCCCUGUGGAUUGACCCCCACGAUCCCAGCAUUCACCACAUCUUCAUCGAUGACAACAUCCGGCUGGACGAGGCCGACACCAUCGUUAAUCCCCAGGUGUUCUCGGAGCAGGGCAGCCACAGCCCGCGGCACGUUCCCACCUCAGAGCUGUAUGAUGUUUGCCUGGUGCAGACCGACCUGCUGCAGGCCAUUGCUGACCAGGACUAUUUCCUGCGCUGCGUGAGGAGGUGCGAGGAGAACUACGAGCGUUACCUGGCCUGCAGGGAGGAGAACACCCCGAGCCAGCAGUGGGAUGGACGGUGAUGCCUCCUCACAGGGGUGAGGGGCUCUGGACUUGGAACACCGCCUGCUUCCUG